GCUGUCAGUUCGCGCGGCUGGAGUGGGAUUCUUGAGAGGCUGCGUCCUGUUGCGGGAGAUGUGGGAGCGGAGCCUGGUGCUGUCCGCCCCGGGGAAGGUCAUCCUUCACGGGGAGCACGCCGUGGUGCACGGCAAGGUGGCCUUGGCCGUGGCACUGGACCUGAGGACCUUCCUCUGCUUGCGGCCCUGUGAUGAUGGCAGGGUGUGCAUCCGCCUGCCUGGUGUUGGCGUUGUGAGGAGCUGGGACACCCCCUGCCUCCAGGACCUGCGGAAGGGCUUUACAGCCGACUUUGAUGAAUCUAAAUCCCCCAGUGUAGAACAGCUGGAUACACUGAGAGAGUUUGCUGGAAUCGCUGCCGGAGCCUCAGCUCCCGAGAGCCUUGCUACUCUUGCCUUUCUGUAUAUGUGCCUGGCUAUUUCGGCUAAGUAUGGAGAUGUUCCGAGUGUGGACAUACUGGUGUGGUCUGAGCUGCCCACAGGAGCUGGGCUGGGUUCGAGUGCUGCCUAUGCUGUUUGCUUGGCAGCAGCCCUGCUGACGGUGUGUGGAGCCAUUUCAUGCCCUCUGAAAGAAGGAGAAUCCACAGCCAGGUGGACAGAAGAAGAGCUGACUCUGAUCAACAGCUGGGCCUUCCAGGGGGAGCGGGUGAUCCAUGGCAAUCCCUCGGGUGUGGAUAAUGCUGUUGGUACCUGGGGUGGAGCCCUGAGAUACCAAUCAGGAAAAAUCACACCAUUAAAGAGGGUGCCGACACUGAGGAUCUUGCUGACCAACACAAAAGUCCCUCGAAGCACCAAGAUCCUGGUGGCUGGCGUCAAAGAGAAGAUCCUGAAGUUCCCUGCUAUAAUGAACCCGGUGCUGGACUCCAUCGAUGCAAUUUCUCAGGAGUGCCAAAGUGUUCUGGAAGCGAUGCCUGCAAAUCCAUCACCAGAAUAUUACCCUGUGCUGGAGGAACUCUUUGAUAUAAACCAACACCACUUAAACGUGAUUGGAGUCGGCCAUCCCUCCCUGGACAGGCUGUGCCGGGUGACGGCGUCCCAUGGCCUGCAUAGCAAGCUGACCGGGGCUGGUGGGGGCGGCUGUGGCAUCACCCUGCUGAGACCAGACACCUCCCUGCAGGCCGUGGAAGCAGCCAAGCGAGACUUAUGUGCCUGUGGAUUUGAAUGCUGGGAGACCAAUAUCGGGGCCCCCGGAGUGACCCUGCACUCCUCCUCGUCUUUAAACGCUGAAGUGCUGCACGCGCUCUCCCAGAGUUAAGCUUCUGCCUCUGGCAAGACUGAGCUCUUGGCACCGCAUCCUUGGAGUGUGCUCUGAUGCCUGGAAACUUAUUUCCCGCUCUCCUGUGUGGCUGUGGGCCUCUAGACACGGCUGUGGAGCCAGUUUCAGGCCUGGUGUCACUGGGAGCGGGGGCUGCGAUGAGGACUUGGGAGCAACUGCUUGCACUUGGGCUAGGUGCGAGUUUGAGCCAGGCUCUCAAAAUCCUGUUUUGAAUUUACUUACUCAACUGCUGUGCUAAUCCCGAGGGGCAGGAGGAGAGGGUCUUGGCUGGAUUCCGGCGCGGAUAAUGACACUUGGCUUGGUUCUGCUGCUUCGGAUGCAUGGGGUGUCUCUUCCCUUCUCCCCUGGCGUCCUGCGAGGGCGGGCAGUGAGGCUGGCAAGGUGGAUGCGCAGAGCGCUUUGACAUUUUUGGGUGAAAAGCAUCUUGGCAGCUCAGGGCUUGAUACUCAGGUCUCCAUUUCUCUUGGACCGCAGCUCACAGCGGAGAGGCAACCUUUAAAUACAGCCCUAACCUGAUACUAAUUAAGAUUUGGAUAAUGGGGUGGGGAAGGCACAUUUUUAAUGAUAUUAAGAUGGUUUUCACUCUUUUUCCAUGAGCGUUUCCACUCUUUUCUCUGCCUGGGCUGAUAAGCAGGGUGCUGUAGCCAGACUCCGGCUUCUGUUCAUGUGCUCGAGGUCUGUCACCUGCGAGGGGGUGGCCAGAGGCAAGGGCAGUCUUAACGUUUCUACUUGUGAUAGCUCUUCUGGGAUCCCUCACGCUUCAGUCUUAAACAAGCAUGUCCUUGACCCUGCCUGUUGUUGGGUGUGUGAAACACGCCACUGCCAGGGCCGGGGGGGUCAGGGACAGAGCAAACACUAACUUGUUUUUAUUGAAAGUAAUAGUUUUGAAGUAGGGAAAAAACAAAAAAAAAAGAUUAAAACCCACCUCCACAAAAACUGACUGUAACUUGCAGUUGGCAAACUGUAAAACCGAAAUGCAUUCAAACUUAUUACGCAAAUGUAAAUGCAGUUUUUACUUCUAAAAUUUUAAUGAGUUGUACCACGGAACGAAAGGGAAUUGGCAGGUGAGUGUCUGAAGCCAGAGUAUCUUGAAGUAAUAAGCUGACUCUUAAUGGCUGUGGUCUCUUCGGUACCUGCCAAAGACAUUUUAUCAUUGUUCUGGGUGUCUGGGUGGGUUUUUGUUUUUUAAAGUGUAGCUCUCUUCAAGAAUUGCUUCAUUCAAAGCUGAGUAAGAAAUUGGCAGAGGUGAGGGAGUUUGCCUUCCCCUUCCAGCGCAGGAACAAAAAAAAAAAAAACCUCAAGUGCGAGAAGUUGAGAUGUACUAGCUCUAAAAUGCUGGCGUCAUGAUGACCAGCUUUACUUCACUGAUCAGAUGUAAAACUGUCUCUGGUUUUAAUAAAUUUAUGGUUUUAUAUGUGCAAAGUGUUCUUUGAUAAUUAUGCUGGGUACAAAAGGAAGAAAGUACCUUACUCUGCUUCAAUAAAAACAGGUUUCAGAUGCUGGGUUUCUACAUGUCUAAUUACAAUUCCAAUUUGCAUCCAAGAACGGUUUUACACUAAUCGCAAGUCAGAAAGCCUGAUAAAUAAUUUACCAUUUUCUAAUACAGUGUAAUCAAUGUGAGUAUCUGGGAGCGUGUUGACUCUCUAACCGCUUAAAUGUGUCUGUAGUUUCUGCUGGUUAGCACAAAGAAGUGCCAAAUCCAGUGCGAAGAAACCUCGCUUCAAAACAACGUGUCUGGGCUUGAUCCUCAUUAGCUGCUUCCCUUGGAAGGCGGCUUCCCAGUCA